AUGGCCAGCCUACGAAAAACACACCCCCUUCUAAAAAUCGCAAAUGAUGCACUAGUUGACCUCCCAGCCCCCUCCAACAUUUCAGUCUGAUGAAACUUCGGCUCAUUACUCGGACUCUGCCUCUUUGCUCAAAUCCUCACAGGCCUAUUUCUAGCCAUACAUUAUACAUCAGAUAUUGCCACAGCCUUCUCAUCUGUCACCCAUAUCUGUCGGGAUGUAAGCUAUGGUUGACUUAUCCGUAACAUACAUGCCAACGGAGCCUCCCUCUUUUUCAUUUGCUUAUACGCCCACAUUGGCCGAGGACUUUACUACGGUUCCUAUCUCUACAAAGAAACCUGAAAUAUUGGGGUUAUUCUCCUCCUCCUAGUAAUAAUAACAGCUUUCGUUGGUUACGUCCUUCCCUGAGGACAAAUAUCCUUCUGAGGAGCCACAGUCAUUACCAACCUCCUCUCUGCCGUCCCCUAUAUUGGCAGCACCCUCGUCCAAUGAAUUUGAGGAGGAUUCUCCGUAGACAACGCUACCCUUACCCGUUUCUUCGCAUUCCAUUUUUUACUCCCUUUCAUUAUUGCAGCUGCCACCAUACUCCAUCUUCUUUUCCUUCACGAGACAGGCUCAAAUAACCCCAUUGGUCUCAACUCUAACGCAGAUAAAAUUUCCUUCCACCCAUACUUUUCUUACAAAGACCUACUAGGAUUUGCAGCCCUACUCUUAACACUUAUAUCCCUAGCACUAUUUUCUCCCAACCUUCUAGGAGAUCCGGACAACUUCACCCCCGCUAACCCCCUCGUCACCCCUCCCCAUAUCAAGCCUGAGUGAUAUUUCCUAUUCGCUUAUGCCAUCCUCCGAUCAAUCCCAAAUAAAUUAGGAGGAGUUUUAGCACUACUAGCCUCAAUCCUAGUCCUGAUACUACUUCCAAUCCUCCACACCUCUAAACAACGAGCCCUAACCUUCCGCCCUCUCAGCCAAUUCCUAUAUUGAACCUUAAUCGCCGACGUAGUCAUUCUCACCUGAAUCGGAGGCAUACCUGUAGAACACCCCUUCAUUAUCAUCGGCCAAAUCGCAUCUAUCCUAUACUUCUCGCUCUUCUUAUUUUUAAUACCAGCAGCAGGAUGAGCAGAAAAUAAAUUCCUCAAAUGACACU